AUGGUGGGACUGAUGCGACGACGGUUUGUUCUGAACUACUACAACAAUGAACUACACAACAAACUUCGGCGAUUGACCCAAGGCAGUAAAAACAUCGAGGAUUACUACCAGAGCCGCACACUCUGGGCAUACAGGACGGCGUUCAAAACGCCUCUAGGCACCACGCCUUUCCACCUGCUCUAUGGAAAGCCCUGUUACCUUCCAGUGGAGAUCGAACACAAGGCAGCUUGGGCGAUAAAGAUGAUGAACUUCGACAUCAAGUCUGCUGCAGAGAGGAGAAUGAUACAGCUGAAUGAGUUGGACGAAAUCAGGCACCAUGCCUAUGAGAAUUCGAAGCUGUACAAGGAGAGGACCAAGGCGUAUCACAACUCGAAAAUCCUCUCGAGGCAAUUCGAACAUAAUGACCAGGUACUCCUGUAUAACUCUUGUCCUUUCAUAGUCAAGGAGGUUCGACCCUAUGGUGCCAUCGUCCGCCUCACACCAGAUGGCAGCAGGGAGUUCACAAUGAAUGGACAAAGGGUUAAACACUACUGGGCUAAAGCUGCGAUUCAAGAUGGACACAUAGUUCCUCUGGAUGGUGCACCUACCGCCUGA